AUGAGAACAUAUAAGCGAAAGACACAGAGGGGAACUACUUCCCAGGAUCUUCUUCAAAGGGCUGCGGACGCGGUCAUUAAGGACGGAUGCAAAUUAAAGACUGUUGCUCGUAAUUUGGACAUUUGUCAUACAACGUUGCAAAGGUACGUCAAAAAAAUAAAGAGUGGACUUACUCCAACGGUUGGAUAUAAACCAAGAUUAGUUUUUAAUGAUGAACAAGAGACGUCAAUGACAUCAUACAUCCGAAAAAGCGCCUCUAUCUACUUCGGCCUUCUACCUGGAGAAGUUAGACAACUUGCAUACCAGUGUGCGACAAAAUAUGGUGUCCAAAACAUUCCACCAUCUUGGCAUAAAAAUGGUGAGGCCGGCAAGGAUUGGUUGACAAAUUUUUUGAAAAGAAACCCGACACUAUCGAUAAGAACACCGGAAGCAACGAGUGCAGGACGCGCGACCUCAUUCAACAGACAUAACGUGAACCAAUUCUUUGAGAAACUUGGUGAUCAAAUUACGAAGCAUAAUCUCACUCCUUCACGUAUAUGGAAUUUGGACGAGACUGGAGUCCAUACUGUGCUGAAACCUAGGAAAAUUGUAGCUGAAAAAGGAACAAAGCAAGUAGGAGCAAUUGUAUCAGCAGAACGUGGAACUUUAGUCACAGUAGAGCUAGCGGUAAAUGCUUUAGGUAACACGAUUCCGCCUAUGUUCGUAUUUCCACGUCUGAAAUACAAAAAUCUUUUUAUUCGUGACGGCCCUCCUGAGUGUGUUGGUGCUGGUAACCGCUCGGGUUGGAUGACAAGCGCGGAAUUCCUGAUCUUUAUGGAUCAUUUCAUAAAACAUGUAAAGCCUAGUCCUGAAGAACCAGUACUUUUACUGCUAGACAACCAUUCAUCCCACAUUAAUAUUGAUGUCAUUGAAAAAGCCAAAGAAAAUUCAAUUAUAUUCCUAUCAUUCCCACCACAUUGCACCCACCGCCUGCAACCACUAGACGUGGGUGUCAAUGGCCCUUUCAAAACAUACUGCUCAAAAGCCCAGGACAACUGGCUACGAAAUAAUCCUGGGAAGACUAUGUCAAUCUACGAAAUACCAGGUAUAGUUAAAUGUGCAUUCCCGCUAGCAGCAACACCCACCAAUAUUUGCAAUGCAUUUAAAAAGGCUGGUAUUUGGCCUUAUGAUUCGACUAUUUUUACAGACGAAGACUUUGCACCAUCUUUCGUCACCGAUCGGCCAAUGCCAGAUAAUCUUCACUUACAAGAGAUGAUUUUACCUGAUCCCUCAAGCAUGCCAGAAAGGACCUCUGAUUAUCACCGAGCGUCAAUGAUAAAUGAGCCAGGACCUUCAGGUAUAGAGCAAUCUAUCAAUGUGGAAUGUGGAAACGAGCCCGGUCCAUCGGGUUGUCAGCAACCAGAGUCACACCAUAGUUCAGAGCUUAUUCCUCACUAUUAUGCUCGAGCUGGUGAUCACAUCACUUCUCAAACAGAAGGUAACGAUGCACCUUUCUCUCCGGAGUUGAUUAGACCAUUACCUAAAGCUCCUCCCCGUUUAUUGGGACAUAAUAAACAACGUAAAAGAAAGUCAGCUGUUCUUACGGAUACUCCGGAAAAAAAUGCUUUGGCAGAAGAACAGGCUAAGAAAAAGAAAGAAAGUAAGACUAAAGUAAAUGGGAAGGGAAAAGCUGGUAAAGAAAACAAAAAAGAAACUAAACAAAAAAGGAAGAAUGCCGCUAGAAGGAAAGUUCUCCAAGAAGAUGAUGAAAGUACCGAUGAAGAGAACGAAUUAGAAUGGUACUGCAUCAUAUGCUGUGACUCUUACUCUAACUCUGCGCCUGGAGAAAAAUGGAUUGAAUGCAGAGUCUGUAAGAAUUGGGCCCAUUUGCAAUGUGUUGAAAAUGAAGAAACAUUUGUAUGCCCUAACUGCUUUUCUGAUCAGUCAUCUGAAGAAUAG